UAAAUCGCGCAUGCGCGAUGGGCAAUCCCUCUUUGGACCUACGUCUCCACUGAAACGAUGGCCAAGCGCACCAAGAAGGUGGGGAUCGUCGGUAAAUAUGGCACGCGUUACGGUGCCUCGCUGAGGAAGAUGGUCAAGAAAAUUGAAAUCUCCCAGCACGCCAAGUACACUUGCUCUUUCUGUGGAAAGACUAAGAUGAAGAGGAGGGCUGUUGGUAUCUGGCACUGUGGAUCCUGCAGGAAGACGGUGGCUGGGGGUGCCUGGACGUACAACACGACGUCUGCUGUCACAGUCAAGUCCGCCAUCAGGAGGCUGAAGGAGUUGAAGGACCAGUAAACCAGUGCGCAAAACUCGCCGCUGGCUUUGGGACUUUUGUUUUCUAUAAUCAAACCGAGCUGGACAUGGCCUCAACAUCCAAAAAUAAAACAGUCUGGAGCGGAUUUCUUUGUCUCUUUGUUUAUUUGUCAUAAACGUUAAAAACUCCUCCGCUUUGACAUCCAAACGUCCAUGAGGAGA